AAAAUGGAUGAAGGAAAUCAAUCUGUAGUGUCAGAAUUUGUGCUUCUGGGACUUAGCCACUCACAGAAUUUUCAGGUUUUACUCAUCAUAAUACUUUCUACUAUUUACCUGAUCAUUGUACCUGGAAACAUUGUCAUCAUUACCUUAAUCAUCUCUGAUCCCCGUCUCCAUACCCCCAUGUACUUCCUGUUGGCCAACCUGUCCUUCAUUGACAUGUGGCUUUCCUCAAACACCAUUCCUAAGAUGAUCAUAGACAUUUUCAGGGAAAAAAAGACAAUUUCCUUUAGAGGUUGCAUGUCCCAGAUCUUCUUUUCUCAAUUUAUUGCAGCACUUGAAAUGGUGCUUCUGGUGGCAAUGGCCUAUGACCGCUAUGUGGCCAUCUGCAAACCACUCCACUACUUCACCAUUAUGAACCUACAAAGGUGUAUUGGACUGGUAGUGACUGCCUGGACCAUUGGCAUUGUGCAUGCUGUAAGUCAGCUUAUUCUAAUUGUGCCAUUGCCUUUCUGUGGGCCCAGGGAAAUAGACAGCUUUUUCUGUGAUAGACCACUAGUAGUCAAGCUGGCCUGCACUGAUCUUUCUAAUUUGGAACUUUUCAUGAAUGUUAAUUGUGGGGUUGUGGCUGUAAUUCCCUUUAUUCUGUUACUGAUAUCCUAUGCUCAUAUUCUUCUUACUGUCUCCAAAGGCUCUAAAAUUGGUGCAUCCAAGGCUCUCUCUACAUGCACUGCCCACAUCAUAGUGGUGGUGCUGUUCUUUGGACCCUGCAUCUUUCUCUAUGUGUGGCCACUCAGUAUCACCUGGAUGGACAAAUUUCUUGCUGUGUUCUAUUCUAUUUUUACACCACUCCUAAAUCCAGCCAUUUAUACACUGAGAAAUAAAGAGAUUAAAAAUGCUGUGGAGAGACUAACAGGCUAUUACAUGCAUUCCAAAGGAAAAACGUAA